AUGAAGGCGACUAUCCAGCAGCGUAUCACUGGCAAGGGAUCGUACCUACUCAUGACGAGAAUUCAGUGUCAGUAUGUGCUACUUCGACAGAAGAGCUGGCAUUUGGGGGAGGUGACACCGCAUCCGCUCUAUCCCCAACCUACGGAUAUCGUUCCGGACAAGAAUGAUCCUGAAGGUACGGACUACGUACCAGUCUGGAUUGCCCUUCAAGAACUUCCCGAGAAGAAGUGGUUCGAUCAAGCCUUCCCUUCUGAGUCCGCAUUCGCAUACUGUACAUCGGUGCAGGGGAAGCCCGCUCCCCUAGACAUCUCCACAGCGAAGUUUGUUCUGGCUACUGCGACAUUUGCCACAAGCUUGGUCAACCCUGGAUUCAUUCAUCCGGAAAGUUCUGUGACAGGAUGGGAGGAUGGUAUAACGACCACGGACCCGCCCAACAUCUUUGAGCCAACGCAGGAUCCAACGCAGGAGCCAUCACAACAUCCAGAUUCAGCACAUGGCGAAAUCAGUGUUACUCCAACUUUUAGGAGACCAUCGACAACACCAGGUCCAAAAUCCACAUCGAUCCAGAUCCCAAACAUCCCAAAUAUCCCAAACAUCGUAUCCAGUAUGCCACCAUGGGACCCACGACCUACUGUUCAGCCUAGUUCUACCCGUGUGAAUGUUCCUAGCACCCCUCACACUGGAGAUGGCCAGGCAGCAACUACAGGUGGCAACAACGGAGGACAACCAGCUCCAUCGCCGGGCAACGAAAAUGGGGUUGGUCAGCCGCCGACGAACACUAACGGGGCCGGUAAUCCUAUUCCUGUCGUGAACAAUCCUGGAGGACGCCCAGCGGCGACCCCUAUAAGUCCUGUCUUCACUUUUGUACCUGCGACGAUCAAUGGCCGCCCAACCGCGAUCCCAGUCUUCAUCUUUCCGGGCCCCUCCUCAUUUGCGACAAUUGGUCAAACCGUGACUUUCGAUGGGCAGACCUCAGUCCUGGCAGCCCCAACAGCGAUCUUCGCAUUCGUUCCCACUACCAUCAACGGCGUCGCUACCUCCGCACCCGCUUUCAUUAUCAGCGGCACUUCGACUGCUACAAUCGGCCAAACGCUUACCAUAGAUGGUCAACCUACCGUUCUUGCGGCACCGGCGCCCUUCGCAACUGAGAUCCCCACCACUCUAUUCGGCAUAGAGACUCACGUUACGGCCUUCAUAAUCAGCGGAAGCAUCACUGCAUUUCCCGGACAGACGAUCACCCUCGACGGCCAGGUCACGGCACUACCAACCGCUGAUGCGGUGUAUACUUCGAUCAUGACCACGAUCGAUGGAAAAGAAACCCUGGUCCCUGUAUAUAUCAUCAGCGGAAGCACAACAGCAACGAUUGGGCAAAUUGUCACUAUCGAUGGGACGGCGACGGUACUCUCUACUCCCACGGCGGAUGUAGUUUUCACUUCCAUCACGACUACAAUCAAUGGGAAAGAGACCGUGGUACCCGCGUACGUCAUCAGUGGUAGCACAUCAGCCACGAUUGGGCAAACCGUAUUUCUUCAUGGAACGACGACUGUCCUGGGUUGGCCGAAUCAGACCGAAGCGAGUGCUGCGGCUUACCCAACAAACACAGGACAGCCUGCAGAGACGGCGUCUCAGAAAGGUGCUGGAUCGAGGGCCUUGAGCGUUCAGUCGAGUGCGCUGCUGUUCAUCUUCGGAGCCUUCAUUGUCGGUCUACUGUGA